AUGGCUGAUUCACCGGCUAACCCAGCGGCCGCGGCCUCUCCCCCCAACGUGACGGCUUCGUCCAACGUGGAAGCGCCUGACGAGCCUGUCGCACCCGCCAAUCUUGAAGCUGACGAUACUGAAAACCUCGCCGAGACGGCGUCCAAUAUUGAUGAUCGGAUCUCAUCGUACACUGCUUCCCUGUCCUCAAGCGUGCUUGACUACCCCACGGAAAAUGGUCGACGUUACCAUGCCUUUCGAGCAGGCUCAUACCUUGGACCAAAUGAUGAAACCGAAAUGGAUCGACUUGACUUCAACCACAUGCUCAUCAUGAAGGCGAUCGGUGGAAAACACUUCUUGGCCCCAGUCCCGCAGGAAGAGACGCAGAGAAUCCUUGACAUUGGCACUGGAACUGGUAUCUGGGCUGUUGAGGUGUCUGACCUGUUUUCCAACGCCGAGGUUUUGGGAAAUGAUUUCAGUGCUAUUCAGCCACCUUGGGUGCCGCCUAAUGUCAAGUUCGAAAUCGAUGAUGUUGAGAGUGAGUGGGUAUAUGACCACAAAUUUGACUUCAUCUUCUCCCGAUACAUGGCUGCAUCCAUUAAAGACUGGCCGAAGCUGGUGAGAAACAUUCACGAGCACCUCAACCCCAACGGCUGGGCUGAGUUUCAGGACUACGACAUCGCUUUCCGCAGCGAUGAUGGUACUCUGACAGAAGAGCACCACACAAACAAGUGGUGCAAUACAUUGAUUGAUGCCUGUAACAAGAUCGGUCACGACCCGAACCCUGGACCCAAGUUGGAACGCUGGGUUAAGGAUGCCGGCUUCAUCAACGUUGUUCACCAGAGCUUCCCCAUCCCCUUGGGACCGUGGCCUAAGGACCCUCAUUACAAGGAUGUCGGUAUGACGAACCUGAUCCAUUACGUAGAGGGUCUCGAGGCCUUCAGUUUGAGAGCCUUCUGUGCCAUCAUGGGAUGGACAAAAGAGGAGACCCUGGUGCAUCUUGCCCAUGUGCGCAGAGAGAUGAAGAAGGGGGACUUCCAUGCCUACAUUACAAUCCACGUUGUGUAUGGUCAGAAGGCAGAACCCAGCACUGAUAAUGAGGAGGAUUGA